AUGGCAUCCACUCCUCAGCCCGUCAUAAUGCAGGCGCCGCUUCUUAACACCAACGCGCCGUUGGCCAAGCUCGACUUGGACGAGUUGAUUUGCAAGAUCCUGAACGUGGGUUCGCCAGGCUGUUCGUUGACCAAGGUGGUCCGUGAGACCGAGAUCAUUCAGUUGUGCAUGUCGGUGAGAGAGGUGUUUUUGCAGCAGAGUACCCUGCUUGAAGUUGAUCCACCGGUCAAGAUUUGCGGCGACACUCAUGGGCAGUAAGUUUUUAUUUUUACCUUGGGCUAAAUCUUUCGUUGCGGGACCUAAACUUGGCUUCUGAAACUUUGCUUUGUCUAGUAGGCUCACUUUCAAGUAUGUUAUAGAGGAGUUUGUAAUAUUAUAAAGGACUUCCACUGUAUAUUUAUUGACUAUUUUGGUGUCUAAACCUUAAAAAUAAUAUUGUUUUGCAUAAUUUUUACUUAGUUCUUCUUGAUUUUUUGAUAUUAAUGUUGUAGGUACUCGGAUGUUAUGCGGUUAUUUGAUCGAGCAGGCUUUCCGCCGUCUGUGAAUUACUUGUUUUUGGGAGAUUACGUGGAUCGAGGACGGCAGAACAUAGAAACAAUUAGUCUUUUCUUUUGUUACAAAGUAAGUUUUUAUUAGAAAAUUUUAAAAUAUUUUUUUAAUUUAUAUUUUAUGUCAUUGUUCUAGUUAAUGUGAUAUAUUGUUGUAGCUCAAGUACCCAGACAACUUUUUCCUGCUGAGAGGGAACCACGAGUGCUCGGCAAUCAAUCGUGUCUACGGCUUCUUCGAGGAAUGUACUCGACGAUACCAAAGUGUUCGGUUGUGGCAGACCUUCCAGGACGCCUUCAAUGCUAUGCCAUUUGCUGGACUGGUUGGAGGUAAGCUAGUUUUACUUAGGGUUAGGACUAAAGCUAGGAAUAGAACCAGGUAUAGGGCUAAAACUAGAGCCAAGUCUCGGAAUAAAGAAGGAUCAAGCCUAAGCUGGGGCUAGAAUUGGAAUUGACUAGACUAGGGGUGGGGCUAAGCUAGGGAUGGGGCUAAGCUAGGGAUGGGGCUAAGCUAGGGCUAAGGCUAGUGCUGGCUUCUUCUAAUUUUUUUUUAAAAUUUAAGUAUGAUUCAUAAUAUUUAGGCAAGAUCCUAUGUAUGCACGGUGGAUUGUCGCCUCAACUCAAGAACCUCGAUCAACUGAGAACUCUGACUCGACCGGUCGAUCCCCCAAAUCCAUCGCUGUACAUUGACAUUCUCUGGUCAGAUCCGGAUUCGUAUAUCAAGGGAUGGCAGCCAAACACUCGAGGCGUGUCUUAUGUGUUUGGGCCUGAUGUGGUACAAUCGUCAGAGGCCGUUUUGGACAUUGAUCUGAUCGCUAGGGCUCAUCAAGUGGUGCAGGUGGGGGUUUUAGGUUUAAAAAAUUUAAAAUUUUUUUGAAUUUUGAAUUUUUUUUGAAAGACUGACUUUAAUGACAUUUUUAGGUGUAUGUCUUUUUUAAAUUUUAAAACUUUCGUAUUUUAGGACGGCUACGAGUUUUUUGCAAAUCGCAAGUUGGUCACCAUCUUCUCCGCCCCACAUUACUGUGGCCAGUUCGACAAUGCUGGUGCCAUGAUGAAUGUGGAUGAGGGUCUGACUUGCUCCUUCACCAUCUUCAGACCCACUACCAAAGCUAUCCGUCUGUCGUCACUUCCGAUGCAAGGACAAUUCAAAAGGGAAUGA